AUGGGACCACAAAAUAACCAAAGCAUCAUCCAUCCCACAUUCGUCCUUACUGGCAUCCCAGGACUAGAGAACAGAAACAACUGGGUCUCCUUCUCUUUCUGCUUUGCCUACGUCACUGCUGUCUUGGGGAAUGGUGCUGUUCUCCUAGUGAUCGUGAAGGAUCAGAGCCUCCACAAGCCCAUGUACCUCUUCCUCUGUAUGCUGGCUGUGAGUGAGCUGGGGGUCUCCCUGUCUACCCUUCCCACAGUGCUGAGCACCUUCCUGUUUGAUGCUAAGGAGAUUGGGCUGGAUGCGUGUCUUGGCCAGAUGUUCUUCAUCCACUGCUUCUCCUGUAUGGACUCAGGGGUCCUCUGGGCGAUGGCCCUGGACCGCUUCAUAGCCAUUUACAACCCCCUGCAAUACACCACAAUCCUGACAAGCCUUAGGAUCAUUUUGUUGGGAUCUGAGAUUGCCCUGAGGAGUGUUCUCCUAAUGGUCCCAAUGCCUCUCCUCCUAAGGAGGCUGCCAUUUUGCAAGUCUACCACCCUUGCUCACCCUUACUGUCUGCACCCCAAUUUGAUCCAUCUCCCUUGUGCGGACAUCAUGGUCAACAACCUCUACGGCCUGUUUUUUGUAGUUUCCACAUUUGGCCUUGAUUCCUUGUGCAUUGUCUUGUCCUAUGUGAUGAUCCUCAAGACCGUGCUGAGCAUGGCCUCCAAGGAAGGCCGUCUCAAGGCCCUGAACACCUGCGUCUCCCACAUCUGUGCUGUCGUGCUCUAUUACACCCUAAUGAUCGGUGUUUCCAUGGCGCACAGGUUUGGCAGGCAUAAUUCCCCGAUGCUGCCCUCACUGAUGGCCAACAUCUAUCUCCUGGUUCCUCCCAUUCUGAACCCCAUCAUCUACAGCAUCAAAACCAAAGAGAUCCGCAAAGCCCUGGGCAGGCUUUUUUCUCAGAAGAAGUUCUGA